AUGGACUCUUUCACGAACAACGCCGGCUCGCAGGGUUUGAACCAGGGUACCCAGGCUGGUAACACCACCAACAACCAGGAGGACUACGCCGACAAGGGUCUUGACGCCUUCGAGAAGAAGGAGGGAAUCCCUCAGAACAGGAACCUCAACGAGAAGGUCACUGACGGUGCUAGGGGAUUAUUCGAGAAAGCUACUGGGUUCGUAUUUCUUAACUCCCUUUCACACCCUCCUCCACCCGUUGCACCAAUAUAUCCUCCGUUGUUCAUCGCGCACACCUCCGUUCUGUAUCAUGGCGAUGAUAUGGAUGCUAACGACGAAACUUUCUUUGGGAUAUUUAGCAAGGACGUACCCGACAAGUUCUCGAACUGA